AUGAUCUGGAAUUUUUUUAAACAAAUUGUUCAUAUAGAGCAAAUUUAUUUGGAUCACGCUGGAAGCACCAUCUACUCGCAACUUCAUUUAAAAAGUUAUUUCGAUGACUUGUCACAUAAUUUAUAUGGAAAUCCGCACAGUAAAAAUAAAUCAAGUUUAGAAACUGACUCCAUGGUUGAUGAAGUGAGGAAAAAAGUGUUGAACCACCUGAAUACUUCGGAAAAUGAAUAUUCCAUAAUUUUUACUCUGAACGCAACCAAGGCAUUAAAUCUGGUAGCAAAAUGUUUUGCGUUUAAAUCUAAAGCUCAUUCGGUUAACAAAGGUUUGUUUGUAUAUUUGAAUGACAACCACACAUCCGUCGUGGGAAUGAGAAACUCAGUUAACGUGAAAACUAACGCCGACAUUGUAUGCAUUCGCGAACAUGAUCUGGAGGAGUUUGUUAAAAAGAGAAUUAGUUUGAAGCCGUUUGAAAAAUUCGAAAGCACUUUUGUUAACAAUUUACUCGUUUACCCAGCUCAAAGUAACUUUAACGGAAGAAGGUACCCAAUGACCUGGAUUGACGACGUACAAAAUUGUUCGGGCUUCUUAGGUAGCUCUGCAGAUUGGUCGGUUUUGAUUGACAGUGCAUCUUAUUUGAGCACUUCAACAAUUGAUUUGAGCAUCCACAAACCACAAUUCCUCGUUUUAUCCUUCUAUAAAAUGUUUGGUUUUCCAACUGGAUUAGGUUGUUUGUUGGUAAACAACAAGAAGAUAUUUUUAUUAGAGAAAGAAUAUUUUGGUGGUGGAACAAUUGAUAUGAUGCUGCCUUUCAAAGAUGUUCAAAGUUUCAGACCUGGCAUGUCGGAUAAGUUUGAAGAUGGGACUUUACCGUUUCUUGAAAUCUUAGCUGUUAAACAUGGAUUUGAUUCUAUGCUACAGAUUUAUGGUUCAUUUGAAAAUAUAUCGAACAAAACAUUUGAGCUCUCACGCCACGUCUAUUCGAGAAUGAAAUUAAUGAAAUACAACAACGGGCAAAAUCUCGUGCGUUUGUAUCAUGAUGAAAACAGUUAUUCUUUCAGUACAAAGAUUUUGCAAGGUCCAAUUAUAAAUUUUAACUUAUUUAAACCAAACGGAUUUUACAUUGGAUAUACCCGAGUAGAAGAACUGGCCAGGGUAAACAAUAUACAUUUGAGAACAGGAUGUUUUUGCAAUUUAGGAGCUUGUCAAAUAUAUCUUAACCUAACCGAUGAAGAUUUUAUGCAAAAUUUUAAUUUAGGACAUGUAUGCGGUGAUGGAAUCGAUAUAAUUAACGAUAGACCAACUGGAUCGGUGCGAAUAUCAUUUGGAUUCUCAUCCACUGCCGCUGACGCUGAUUAUUUCUGCAAUUUUUUGGUCACAAAUUUUCUCGAACCAGGAAACGAAUCCUUGCAAGAAUUUUCAAAUUUUUUCUACUUAACUAAAUUUGAAUACGUAUUAAAAGAGAUUUGGAUUUAUCCAAUAAAAUCAUGCUCGGGCAUAAAAUUAGGGAAAUGCAACUUGGAUACACGCGGCCUUAAAUUUGAUCAUCACUGGAUGGUUAUAAAUGAAUCUGACGGAAAAUGCAUCAAUCAGAAGAUUAACUCUCAGUUGUGUAUGAUUAAAGUUAAGAUUUCUGACAUUUCUAAAUUUAUUCUUUCUUCCGAAGAUAUGGAGUUAAGUAUAGACGACGAACCGAAGAAAAAUGAAAGCCAAAUAAAGAUUUGUGAAGGAAAGAUUUGUAAUGAUAGAAUUACGGUAAAUGUUAGCAACGAUGAAAUCAAUGGUUGGUUUUCUAACGUGUUACACAUCCCACACGCUAAACUGGUUGUGCAAUCCACAGAUGACAAAAGAACUGUCAAACAAAAAUCUGAUGCUUCGGAAAAGGAAGCAUUUUUGAAUUUAUCCAAUGAAGGACAAUACCUGCUCAUUGGAAGUGCUAGCUUAGCUUACUUGCAAAAAAAGAUUACUGAUAAUUCGGUAAACGGCAAGCCUGAAUUUACAGACCUUGAUACCCUUGCGGCAAGAUUUAGAGCUAACUUCAUCAUUGAAACUAAUGUUCCCUUUGAAGAGGAUGGAUGGUCAGAAAUUCAAAUAGGAAUGGCACGUUUUAAGGUAAUAAAGCUUUGUAAUCGUUGUAAAGCAAUAUCUCGCGACCAAAAUACCGGUAUUCAACAUAAAGAACCAUUGCAAAGUUUGAUGAAAAUUCCCAACAGAAAUGUUAGCAAUUGA